ACUUCCCGAGUGUGAAAGUGUGCAAUGAGCCACCAGACCACCUCUGUCCAACACCAUGGACUGGCUGGAAAUGACAGGAGCCUUUUUCCUGAAGGACAGAAUGCUGAAGACAACCCAGAGAUGCCCCUGGAAGAUCUUCAAAGCACACAGACUCUCCAAAAAUCUGUUUUAUCAGAAAAAACAUCUGCCUGAAGAACUACUUUGAGGUUACAUACAAUCAGCUGAAGCAUAAUGGUGCUUUUCAGAAAGGGUGACCAUGUGUGGCUGGAAACUCAACCAAACAGUGAAUUUAAUGUCCCUAUUGGGGCAGUUGUGAAGGACUCUGAGUCAGGACGGAUCUUGCUGGAGGAUGAUGAAGGCAAGGAGCACUGGAUCACGGCUCGCAACAUGCACAUGGUGCGCCUGAUGCACCCCUCCUCUGCCCAGGGGGUGGAAGACAUGAUCAGCCUUGGGGACCUCCAUGAAGCAGGCAUGGUGCACAACCUCCUCAUCCGUCACCAGCAGCACAAAAUCUAUACUUACACAGGAUCCAUCUUGGUAGCAGUGAAUCCAUACCAGCUCCUGCCCCUCUACACAGUGGAUCAGAUCAGGAUGUACUGCAACAAGAGAAUUGGAGAGCUGCCACCUCAUGUCUUUGCCAUUGCAGACAACUGUUAUUUCAAUAUGAAGAGGAAUAAGAGAGACCAGUGCUGUGUGAUCAGUGGAGAAUCUGGAGCUGGGAAGACUGAAAGCACAAAGCUAAUACUACAGUUUUUGGCAUCUGUCAGUGGCCAGCAUUCCUGGAUAGAGCAGCAAGUCCUAGAGGCCAACCCCAUUCUGGAAGCUUUUGGAAAUGCCAAGACCAUUCGGAAUGACAAUUCCAGCCGCUUUGGGAAGUACAUUGACAUCCACUUCAACCAGAAUGGUGUGAUUGUAGGAGCCCGGAUAGAGCAGUUCCUUCUGGAGAAGUCCCGGGUGUGCCGGCAGGCUGCAGAGGAGAGGAACUAUCACAUCUUCUACUGCAUGCUGAUGGGGAUGAAUACAGAGCAGAAAAAGAUGCUGAAUCUGGGCACUGCUUCGGAGUACACUUAUCUCACUAUGGGCAAUUGCAUGUCCUGCGACAGCCGGAACGACGCCAAAGACUACGCCCACAUCCGCUCGGCUAUGAAGAUCCUCAUGUUCUCAGAUUCUGAGCACUGGGACAUCAGCAAGCUCCUGGCUGCCAUCCUGCACCUGGGGAAUGUGGAGUUUGAAGCGGCGGUGUACGACAACUUGGACUGCUCUGAUGUGAUGGACUCACCACACUUUUCCACUGCAACCAAACUGCUCGAGGUGGACUCCAGUGAACUCCAGAACAGCCUUACAAACCUCUCCAUCAUUAUCCGGGGGGAAAGUGUGUCCAGGCCUCUGAACAUAGCUCAAGCUGCAGAUGGGAGGGAUGCCUUUGUCAAGGGUAUAUAUGGACGGAUUUUCCUGUGGAUCGUGAACAAGAUCAACUCAGCUAUUUUCAACCCAGCUUCUCAGAACACUAAAGACAGAUUCCAGUCCAUUGGGCUGUUGGACAUUUUUGGGUUUGAAAACUUCAGCAACAACAGCUUUGAGCAGCUCUGCAUUAACAUUGCCAACGAGCACCUCCAGCAGUUCUUUGUGCACCACGUCUUCAAGCUGGAGCAGGAGGAAUACCUUGCAGAGCACAUUGCUUGGCACAACAUUGACUUCACUGAUAACAGCCACACCCUGGAAGUCGUUGCACUCAAGCCUAUGAAUAUCAUCUCCCUCAUUGAUGAAGAGAGCAAGUUUCCAAAGGGCACAGAUGCCACCAUGCUUGUCAAAAUCAACUCCCUCCAUGGCAAAAGUAAAGUCUACAUCCCACCUAAGAGUGUCCAUGACACCAAGUUUGGCAUCAACCACUUUGCUGGGGUUGUCUUCUAUGAAUCAAAAGAUUUCCUGGAGAAAAAUCGGGACACACUGAGUGCUAAUGUAAUGCAAGUGGUUCAUUCCUCAAAAAACAAAUUCCUCAGAGAGAUUUUCCAGGUGGAAACAACCCCUCCUAGUCUGGGACGUGGGACCAUCCGGCAUCUUGGAGCUGACCAGGCCUACAAGGGCUUGGAUACCACAAAAAGGCUCUCUACCCUGGGAGGACAGUUCAAGCAAUCCCUGGAAAAACUAAUGAAAAUCCUUGAGCAGUGCCAGCCAUACUUCAUCCGCUGCAUCAAACCCAAUGACUACAAGAAACCACUGCUCUUUGACAGAGAGCUGUGUGUCAAACAGCUGAGAUACUCAGGGAUGAUGGAGACCAUUCAGAUCAGGAAAGCUGGCUACCCAAUUCGCUACAGCUUUGAGGACUUCUUUGAGAGGUACAGAGUUCUGCUGCCAUGGGCUCUUCGGAAACAGCUGAAGAAUGAUGCUCGACAGUGCAGCAUCCAAAUCUCUGAAGCUGUGCUGGGCAAGGAUGACAGCUGGCAAGCUGGAAGGACAAAGAUUUUCCUUAAAGAACAUCAUGAUACAAUAUUGGAGCUGCAACGCCAAAAUAUACUCACAGAUAAGGUUCUUCUUAUCCAGAAGGUGAUGAGAGGACUAAAGGACAGGAAGCAGUUUCUGAAGCAGAGGAAAUCUGCUGUAGCCAUUCAGUCAGCCUGGCGAGGCUACUGCUGCAGGAAGGACUUCAGAAUGGUUUUGCUGGGUUUCGGCCGCCUGCAGGCGCUGUACCGGAGCCGGCAGCUUGCCAAGCGGUACGAAGCAACCCGGACCGGGAUCAUCCGGCUCCAGGCCAUGUGCCGGGGUUAUCUGAUGCGGCAGAAGGUGGCAGAGCAGAAGAAAGCUGCCUGUGUUAUCCAGGCAUAUGCCAGGGGCAUGUUUGCUCGCCAGACCUACAGGAGGAUGAAGAGGGAGAAUGAGUGCAAGCUGGAAGCCAGGAAUAUGUGCCUGGAAGAAGAGAAACGUCUCACCCAAGUCCUUGGGCCAGUGAAAGCAAGGGAAGAAGCCAUGAGAUUAGAAAAGGAACACCUGGCUAUGUUGGAGAGAGAGGAGGCAGAAACAAGAGAAAGGAGGAAUGUUCUUGCCAACAAACCAACAAAUCAUGAUGUCAUCAGCGACCAAGAAAUGGUGGACAAAAUUUUUGGUUUUUUACCUUCUAUGAUCGGAGGCCAGGAAGGGCAGGCUCCUCUGGGCUUUGAGGACUUGGAAACAAAGCCUAGCAAGCUGGACGAGGUGGACCUGGACAAGAUUCCGAUGAGUAUGGAGCUAGAAGAGGAAGCAGAUGGUUUGGAAGAGUACACCUUCCCAAAGUUUGCAGCUACUUAUUUCCAGGGCUCAUCCACACACACACAUAUCCGGAGGCAGCUGCGGCACCCCCUGCUCUACCACGAUGACAAGGACAAUGUCCUGGCUUCUCUAGUCGUUUGGGUUAUAAUCCUGAGGUUCAUGGGGGACCUGCCAGAGCCAGCAAUGUUUGCCAAGAAUGCCACCUCCAAGAGCAGCUCUGUGAUGACACAGAUAUAUGACACAAUUGGCAGGAAAAACCAUGUCCAGUUCAGGAACGACAGCCCAAAUAUGAAAGAAAGCAGAAAGGAUAACAAGUUUUCCAAGGGGAUCUCAUCCCUAAAGCUGAGGCAGUCAUCCAAGCUGACAGCAAAGGUGACAGACCAGCUGAAGAGUGGAGAGGAGGCUUUCCAAGAGGACAGCUCAAUCUCUGAGAGACCUAUGUCCAACCUAGAGAAAGUGCACUUCAUUAUUGGCAAUGCAAUCCUGCGCCCUGCCAUCAGAGAUGAGAUCUACUGCCAGAUCUGCAAACAGCUCACUGAAAACAGCAACAGGAGCAGCUACGCUCGAGGCUGGAUCCUUCUCUCACUUUGCCUUGGUUGCUUUCCUCCUUCAGACACCUUUGUGAAGUACCUGUUGAACUUCAUCCACCAUGGGCCCUCGGGCUACGCACCGUAUUGCGCAGAACGCCUGCGACGCACCUACGUCAAUGGGGCACGGACUGAGCCUCCCAGCUGGCUGGAACUCCAGGCAACGAAGCAGAAGAAACCCAUUGUGUUUAAUGUCACCCUGAUGAAUGGCCAAAGCAUCACUGUCCCAGCAGACUCUGCCUCCAUCGCCAAAGAGAUCUGUCAGUUCAUAGCAGACAAAACCAAACUGAAGGAUGUCUUUGGUUUUUCACUAUACAUUGCUGUGUUUGAUAAGGUCUGGUCCCUGGGUGGGGGGCGGGAUCACGUCCUGGAUGCCAUCUCCCAGUGUGAGCAGCUGGCGAAGGAGCGGGGCACGCACGAACGCAACGCACCCUGGAGGCUCUACUUCCGAAAGGAAAUCUUCACACCCUGGCACAGCUCCCAGGAGGAUCCUGUCAGCACUGAUCUCAUCUACCACCAAGUCAUCCGCGGCAUCCGGUUUGGAGAGUACCGCUGUGAGAAGGAGGAAGAUUUGGUGGAGAUAGGUGCAAAAUAUUGUUAUAUCCAGUUUGGAGAUUCUAUCCACAAUGAGCUUGUGCAGAAGGUACUCCAUGACUGUAUCCCUGUGAAACAGCUGAAGUCCAAGCCCCUGGAGAAGUGGGUGAGCCUUUUAACCUAUGCACAUGCUAAGGCCCCAUACACACAGGACCAUCUCUCCCGUCAGGCUGUGAAGGAGCAACUGGUAGAUUUUGCUCGCUUUCAGUGGCCUUUGCUUUUUUCUCGAUUCUUUGAAGUGACUAAGUUUUCAGGUCCCAGCUUGCCCAAGAACCACUUUAUCGUCGCUGUAAAUUGGAAAGGGAUCUGCUUCUUGGAUGAGUCGGAAAAGCGGCUCCUUGAGCUGACCUUCCCAGAGAUAACUGGCAUCCACACCAACAGGGCAGUGAAGUCAUUUGGCCAGAGCUGCACUCUCAUCACACUUCGUGCCGAGGAGUUUGUCCUGACUUCUGUAAACAGCGUUGUCAUUGCUGAGCUGGUGGUCAUGUUCCUGGAAGGACUGAAGAAGAGAUCACAAUUUGCUAUGGCAAUGUAUGAGAAAAAAUCCCAAGAAGACCCUGCCAUCCUCUCCUUCAAGAAGGGAGACUUGCUAAUCCUUACCAAAGACAAAAGGCUGGAUGAAAGCUCUAGCUGGAUCUCUGCCCAGAAUGAAAGAACAGGCAAAACAGGGAAUGUAUUUUUGGAAGAUAUCUACAUUAUUCCUUCUCUUACAAAACCCUCUAGUCAAGUGCUGAGUUUGCUGAUGAUGUCUCCAGACCAAAGGAGGACAGCUUCACAGAAAUCUUACAUGGAUGAACCUGAGGAAGAGGAUCCCAAAGUGAAGCCUUACACCCUGGAGGAGUUCUCCUAUGAACACUUCAGGACUCCUGAGAAGGAAUCCAUCAGCAAAGCUGUUCUCCAGAAAUCCCGUGGGCGCAGUCAGCUGUGGGCACACUCCAAGGAGCCCUUGAAGCAACCCUUGCUGAAGGCAGCAUGCACAGACCCUGACCUUCGGGACUUGGCUUGUCAGGCCUUCAUUGCCACCAUGAAAUUCAUGGGGGACUACCCCUCAAAACAGGCACACUCCUCCGUGGAAGUCACUGACCAGAUAUUUGUAGCAGCUAUGAAAGAGGAGGUCCUACGGGAUGAGAUUUACUGUCAGAUCAUGAAGCAACUGACAGAGAACAGAAACAGGUAUAGCCUGACCAAGGGCUGGCAGCUCCUUUGGCUCUGCACUGGCCUGUUCCCACCCAGCAAGUCACUGCUGAAACAUGCCCAGAAGUUCAUAGAGACACGUCAGAAAGAGCCACUGGCCCUGGAGUGCAGUCGGAGGAUUCAGACAGUGAUGAGGAGUGGCUCCAGGAAGUGGGCACCUCACCCUGUGGAGGUUGAGGCCAUCUUACAGAACAACACCAAGAUCUCACACAAGAUUUGCUUCCCCAAUGGAACAGAUCAGACAUUUAAUGUGGGAACAAACACCAAAGUCCGGACUCUGUGUCAGAACAUUGCUUCCAAAUUGCAGCUGAGCUCCUGGGAAGGCUUCAGCCUCUUUGUGAAGAUUGCAGACAAGGUGAUCAGUCAGAAUGAAGCAGACUACUUCUUUGACUCACUAAGGCAGGUGACAGACUGGAACAGGAGGAACAAACCAGGAAAAGAUGGGGCUACUAUGUCUGUAACCUAUGAGGUGUACUUCAUGAGAAAGCUGUGGCUGAAUGUAACUCCUGGAAAGGACCUGAAAGCUGAUUCCAUUUUUCAUUACCACCAGGAGUUGCCAAAGUACCUCAGAGGCUACCACAAGUGUUCCAAGGAUGAAGCUGUCCAGCUGGCAGGGCUGAUUUACAAAGUGCGCUUCGACGGCGACCGCGCGCAGCUGGCAGCCAUCCCCAAAAUCCUGAAGGAGCUGGUGCCAGACAAUCUGCUCCGAGCAGUCUCCCCAGAUGAGUGGAGGAAGAGCAUUAUUGCAGCAUAUAGUAAACAUGAAGAAAAAACGGUGGAUGAGGCUAAGAUUGCCUUCUUGAAGAUGAUACACCGGUGGCCAACGUUUGGAUCAGCCUUCUUUGAGGUGAAGCAAACCUCGGAGCCAAAUUUCCCAGAGAUUGUGCUGAUUGCCAUCAACAAGCAAGGAGUCUCACUGAUAAAUCAUAAGACAAAGGAUAUUUUGACAGUCUAUCCCUUCAAUAAAAUCUCUAAUUGGAGCAGUGGGAGCACCUACUUUCACAUGACAAUAGGGAACCUGGUACGAGGGAACCGGAUCUUAUGUGAGACAUCUCUGGGUUACAAAAUGGAUGACCUGUUAACAUCCUAUGUCCACCUGCUAAUGAAUGCUGUAAACAAGCAAAAGAACCUCCCAGCCUGAGAGUGCAAAUAGAACCCAUGACCUGUACCUGUGCCAAACUACCUGCAAUUUCAUCUCCUGGAAGAAAUGCUGUGUAAAAAUACUAAUUUGGAUGAUCAGUCUUUUGAUCAUACACUGGAUGAACUGUGUUGCUGAAACAUAACAAGAGAAGCUCCAAUGAGCGUGUGCUUUCAAAUACCUGUAACACUUGUCUGUCCUAGAUGUAGUGUAAGAAUUCCAUUCAGACUUUUUACUUAGAUGAAGUUUAGCUGGAUUUUAAAGUUAUAUGGGGCAGGAGGUGGGGAAACCAUAAUACAAGAGCCUCUUCUGAUACUCAAAAUCUCCUCCAUUCCUAAGAGAGACACACACCAACUGUUUUCUUCCUUUUGGAAAGAAAAUGUCCUCUUGUUGCAUAGAUACUUACUAAAUGCAUAAACUCCUCAAGUCUUUGCAAAUGAAGGUAAUGUUUUCGGUUUUUUCCUACUGGAAAUUCCAAGAGUGGAGGAAUGCCCUUUAGUUGUAGGCUAACUGGGCACUUUGGAAGGAAAGAUGGAGGUUUUCAUCCUUUUAUCACUAGGUUAUGUACUGCAGGUUACAGUAGGCUAUGGCAAACAGUUCCUGUCAGAAUGCAAUUGUUAUUCCUGGGUGCUGCUAAAUUAGCAGGCUCUGCACUGGUUUGCCAUUGCCAUGGUUAAAUUGUUUUCUUCAUACCAUAUUUUAUAAUGCACUUGGAAACUAACCACUUCUUUCUACUAUGUAGUUUCUAGUACGCACAAACUGAAAUAAGACUGGAUUUUGAGUGCAUUACUUUUACUCAGUUGCUCCUAUUUCAAGUUAUAGAUGUGCUUAUUCAGUGCAAAUCAGGAUCAAAGAGAUCAGUCGAACAGACAUCUGUUGAAAAGAGACUUUUCUUCUCUAUAAAAAUGUUCUCAGCUUGGAGUUAGGCAGACAUUCACUAAUGAGACAAGAAUAGUUGCUUUAAUUUCUCCUGAUCUUUUCUAUUUUCUGUUUAGCAGGCACUUAGACUGGUAGAAUUUGAUUCAGCAUUUGUUCAUCUCUCAGACCUUUGUAAACACAAAGCUUUGGUCCUACAAGAACCAAAGUGUGAGCAGAGUGUAAAGCAUGUGUGCACUGUGGUUAUAGGAAACCUAGAUGCUUACCCCAUCAGAGAACAAGUUCUCCCUCCUCCUCACUGGUCAGCCCUCCCUUGCUCACGCUGAAACCUGCACAUGUCUUAAAGCAUUUAUACCAAGUUCCUUGAGACAAAAUCUGGCAGUGCUGGAGAAGCAGCACUGCUAGAUCUCUGAAAUUUGCCAAUGUAUGCACAAUGGUUCUCUUGUUCCCUCUGAUACGUGAGUGUGAAAUUCAAACCCUGAUGGGGAGUUUUGUACAUGGGUGGCAGGGAAGAGCCCCACUCUCCCUGUGCAUUGAAAUGAGUGCCACACCUGUCAGAAUAGUUGAUCCUUUUGCUAGCAGUUAGAUAUUCCUGCUGAAAUGUCCAUUGCUGGCAAUGGAAACUUGAGACUAAUAGAAUUAUUUUCUCUGGUCUAACAGGCUGUGAGAGGCAUUCAAUACUGUACCUGUACAAAAAGAAAUUUUGCAGCCAAGCUAUACUGUUUCCUGUUUUUUCAAUAAACACUGCAGAAAUUCAA